AUGGCAAGAUCAGACAUAGGGCGCGUCAACCACAGACACAGAAGCUCACGGAUAACGAAAAUUUCGGAGUUGAAGAACUACCUUCCUGAGUGGACUUCGGCGAAAAGGAUUGAGAAGAGGGCAGUUUUCACUGCCAUAGCUAGGGCUGCCAGGCUAUUUGCUCCCAAGGUCGACCAAGCACAAUGGAAGAAGAGGAAGCAGAGGUACAAGACAUGGUUGUUCAACAACCAGAAAAAGAAGGAGAGGACGGACAUGAUAAAGUAUGGGAGGAAAUGGACUCCUAGGCAGGUGAUCUACCAGCAGAAACGGGAGGAUGAAUGGUCCAGCAACUUCCCUCCUCCUCCCGAGAUACAAGCACAAGUGGCUUGUAAGAAGGGACCCGGCGUAUAUGGAGCAGCACUUUUCGAUAGGAGAAUGUUGGAGGCAAUGCGGGAUGAGAGUGUUGAGAUGGGGAUAAGUUUCAUGAAGACGAAGGACUGGGAGGACCAUCGAGCAAGUUGGCCAGGAGUACGCGGCAGGAAACAAUUCGGUGCUGGGGCACGAGAUGGUGGGCGACAGGUGAAUGGAGGUCGAAAGAGAAUCAGGAAGCCUGCUUUCGAACUCGAAAUUGAUGGGGAUGGGAUGCCGGUGCUUCCUGACAUCACCGAGACGAAACUCGAGGAGAAGAAAGCCAUCGUCAGAGCAUUUCUCACAUCGCACUAUCGUAUCUGUUCUGGGAUUGUCAAGGCAGUUGUGCCAUGGAGCGCCAUCGUACAAA